CUGCGGCCUGGGCCGGCGAGGCUAUCUGUUCCCGCGGAGCGUUCUUAAAGUCUCCCAGUCUUCCAGCAACCGCUGACGCGACCCGCGUGCGGCCGACCACUGGCCAACCCGGGAGAGCAGGGCUAGAGCGUGAUCCCCUUUCCCGAGGCGCCUCCCAGCUCUCCCCACUCGGCGGCCGCGCGCUCCGCCAGCUCCUUCUCUCCUUCCCUGCCCCAGCCCGGCAAAUCCGGGGGUCGGCGAGCCGGCUGAGUGGGAGACGCGCGGUGUCCGAGGAGCCAGGCGGCGACCGAUUUCCUGCCGGGCAUAGACCCUUUCCUUCCAGGCAAGCUCCAGCAUGGGGUGAGGUACAGAAGAGAGACCAGAAGGAUACAGCCUGGCUGGCACUCAAGCAGCAAACCUGCACCCUAGACCGGGCUCUCUUACUCCACAUCUGUAAUGGGGGGAAGUGGGCAGAGCACAUCCUGCUCCAGAAGUACAGGAAGGAAGCAUCCUGCAUCCGCCACUCCCAUCCAGUGCAGAGGGGAGCAGAAGCUCCAGAGCCCACCCCUGCAGGGCUCACAGUACAUGGCACAUCUAGCUGCAGCUCACCUUCGAAAAAGCCACAGCACCUGCUCAUGAGAGAAGGAGCCCUGGGAUCCGCAGACCAGUUGUCCAGGCCUCUCCCUCUCCCCCCUGCUACAGGUCCCCUUCAAGGCCUUAAGAAAAGUGAAAGUAACUCACAGCUCCAGGACGUGGACCCUGGAGUGUGAGUGGGACACCGCACCGGGAGGGCGCCGGGGGCCUGGCCGUCACCAUGCUGGCCGCAUCCCAGGCCGCAGUGGGCAGGCCUUACGCGUGCAGUGAGUGUGGCAAGAGCUUCCGCUACAGUUCCGUGCUGCUGCGGCACGAGCGCGCCCACGGUGGGGACAGCCGCUUCCUCUGCCUAGAAUGCGGAGAGCGCUGCCUGCAGGCCAAGGACCUCCGGGCUCACCGACGCGCCCACGCGGGCCAGACGCUCUACAUCUGCAGCGAGUGUGGCCAGAGCUUCCGCCACAGCGGCCACCUCGACCUGCACCAGAGCGCGCACCAGCGGCGCCGCGGCCGCCUCUGUCGCUGCCGCGCUUGCGGCCGCCGCUUCCCGCACCUCCCCGCUCUGCUGCUGCACCGGCGCCACUGGCACCCGCCCGAGCGGCCCUGUCGCUGCCCGCUGUGCCCUCGUGCCUUCCGCCAGAGCGCGCUGCGCUUCCACCAGGCGCGGGCGCACCCGUGGGGGACACCCACCGCGCCCGCGGCCGCGCCCCACCGCUGCCCGCAAUGCCCACGGGCCUUCCGCAGUGGCGCGGGACUUCGGAGCCACGCGCGUGCGCACCUGGCCGAGCGCGCCGGUGACUCGCCGCGCCGGCAGUCGCGUGCUCCGGACGUGCACCAGUGUGGCGUGUGCGGCAAGAGCUUCGGCAAGAGCUCCACGCUGACGCGACACGUGCAGACCCACUCGGGCGAGAAGCCCUUCAAGUGCCCAGAGUGCGGCAAGGGCUUCCUGGAGAGCGCCACGCUGGUGCGCCACCAGCGCACGCACACGGGCGAGAAGCCCUACGCCUGCGGCGCCUGUGGCCGCCGCUUCAGCGAGAGCUCCACGCUGCUGCGCCAUCAGCGCAGCCACCAGGGCGAGCGGCCCCAUGCCUGCGGCACGUGCGGCAAGGGCUUCGGGCAGCGCUCCGACCUGGUGGUGCACCAGCGCAUCCACACGGGCGAGAGGCCCUUCCCGUGCCCGGAGUGUGGCCGCUGCUUCAGCGACCGCUCCGACCUCACCAAGCACCGGCGCACGCACACCGGCGAGAAGCCCUACCGCUGCGAGGUGUGCGGCCGGCGCUUCACGUGCGUGUCCAACCUCAACGUGCACCGGCGCAACCACGCCGGUCACAAGCCGCACAAGUGCCCUGAGUGUGGCAAGGCCUUCAGCGUGGGCUCCAAGCUGACGCUGCACCGCAAGACGCACCUGGGCGAGCGGCCGGCCCAGUGUGCGGAGUGUGGCAAGUGCUUCAGCCACAGCCGCUCACUGUCACAGCACCAGCGGGCGCACACACGGGCUCGCGCUGCCGCCGCCGCCGCCGCCGCCGCCACCCAGGCCAUGGCAGGCACUGCCCUUAUCUAUGCUGGCCAAGCUGAACAGGAAAAGCCGGGACUCUUUGUGUCUCAGUUGAGAGAGACUUGCUGAGAGGGUUCUCAGGAGUGGGCUAGACAAGCACUUACAUACUAUGAGACGGGGCGGGGGAACAACUUGCAGAUGGGGGUCUGUGGAAAGGCAGUGUGGCCCGUUGCCUUUCUCCAUCUCUGUUGCUGCGCCCCUACGCCUCCUUUCCUGGUCAGCUCUUUGCCUAUUCUCAGCCCUUCCUUCGCCAGCUCUGGGUGUAGGUGCCAGGAGAACCUCCCGGACCCCAAGUACUGGUGUGUCCUAGCGCUGUUUCUCUGCUCUCAGGCGUCUCCUGUUAUCUACCAGGGUUCUGUCUUUUCUUGUCCCAUCUCCUUUUUCCAGCCCCGAGUGUCCGCUACCUCUCCUUUCCGGGUACUCCUGAUGUCCUGCUGCUUCAGGUAAUGGUCAUCACAGACGUGGCCAGAAUCACAUCCCUCCCGCCCCGUGGCCUUCCUGCCUCUUCCUUCCAAUUUUACUCUCAGUCUCUCUGCUGCUCUCUCCCUCAGCUUCUGAGAGAUAGGGACUUUGCAGGCAAAGAGAUAGUGAGAGAGCUCACCUCACUAAACGGUUAUCUCCCCACCAGAAGCACCCAGAAGGGUACUUCACACCACGUGAAGGUGGGCGGAAGCUCUCAGCAUGGCCCACGGGCCAGACCUGAUGGUGUACAAAUCAAGGUGCCUCUCAGCACAUUAGCCCUGGGACCCGGGCCAAGAACACAGGGGUCUACAAAGCCUGGCACUGCCACGUGGAGUAUGAAUGUUUUAGCCCUAUCAAGCUUGGAGCCAUGGUGAAACUGAGCUCCACAGAGGUGACAGUGCAGGGUGGAAAAUUCCCUGGAAUUAGCCAGUGAUUUUUUUUUUUUUUUUUUUUUUUUUUUUUGCUUGCAGGUGGUGAAAUAAAGAGUUGUCUGGGUUCCAGAUGCCAAGGGCUUCCCUUUGUCAAACUUGAGGCCCAGCAAUCUU